AUGGGAAGGAAUAAGAUUAAAAUAGAAAGGAUAGAGAGUGAGAGAAAAAGAACGGCCACGUACACAAAGCGGAGCCACGGGUUGAUCAAGAAGGCGAUGGAAUUGUCCAUUCUUUGUGACUGUGAAGUCUCUCUUUUCAUCUUUGCCAACGACAAAUUAGUCGUUUAUUCAUCUAAAGACGUUAAGGACACACUCAUCAAGUUCGUUGAGUUCAAGUCUAACUACUUCUCGUAUUCGAACGCAGACUAUCCGGCUAUUUGCCAUUCAACAAGCAUCCCUGAAGACUUGUCGGAACAAAGAGCAGUGGGUGCUAAUGGAAUGGGUGAUGGAAUGGCUAAAGACGUAAUGGCCGCAGACAAAGGAAAUACUUCUGGUAAUCCACAACGACCACCAGUGCCGCAGUCACAAGUCGCUCAAGGAAGUAUCCUCCCUCCUCCUCAACAUGUCCCGAUACCAGCAGAUUUCUAUGAUAAUAACGAUCGAAGGAAUUCACAGUACAUGUAUGACCAGCAGAGGGUAGUCCCGCCUCAAGGCGAUUUAUUGCCACCGGAUUAUCACCCCGGAGACCCCUCAUUCAGUUAUCCGCCAAUGUAUAGAGGACCUGGUGCUUACCCACCGAUGGGAAAUUACCAACAACAGCAACAAGUGUAUAAAGGAGACUCAAAAUUCAAGCCGGUAGACGCAAAACGCCCCGAUAGCGUGCCUGAUGACGGUCAGGGUAUGGGCCAGAUUAAGAAACCACCUGAGGCGUGA